CAAAUAUUUUCACUAUUGCCAUUAUUGCUGUACCUGCUAAUGCGUUUGUGAAAGUCAUGACAAUUUUUUGUUUGUUAGACAAAGUCAUGCAAAGCCGCAAAAAAAACAACCAUAACACUUAAAGGCACCACUACAGAGAGGACACGGACAAUAAUACAACCUCAUCUUGAGCUGCAGACCAGCGACCAUGGAGAGAAUCAUCGUCUUACUUUUUCUCUGUACAGCUGUUGAGGCGUUUGUGGGAAAGCACAUUUUUGUUAAAGAGAAAAAAAACUGGUCCGAAGCUCUGGAUCACUGUAGAACCCACUAUACAGAUCUUUCCUUUGUUAUUAGCCAGAGUGACCAAGACAGGCUCCAAUCAGCGUCAGAGGGAACAUUUUGCAAAGGAUGGAUCGGACUCCAACAAGAUACAUCAGGCAGCACUGCUGCAUGGAUGUGGUCAGCAGGCGGACGCGUUACGUACGAAAACUGGAGGAACGGAGAACCAAAUAACUUUAAAGACGCUGAGCACGUUGGAGAGGUCCUUCGUAAUGGAGAAUGGAAUGAUAAUGAAGAGGAACAAUCCAGUCCUUUUUACUGCAUCAAUAUAACCGUGGUAGUAGAGGAGAAGUCCUGGGAGGAGGCUCUGCAGCACUGCAGAGAGAACAAAGCUGACCUCAGCAGCCUGCACUCUGACACGGAAAACAUUGCGGCCGGCAAAGACCAGAAGGGCGUCCGCACCACGGAGCUGGUGUGGAUUGGUUUGCGCUUCCUGGCGGACCGCUGGCUGUGGGUGAACGGGGACCCUCUGGAGUACGAGGCCUGGCCCAAGGGAGGGGUCCAGGACCACCAGUGUCCAAUGCAGAACCGCUGCGGGGCUUUAAACAAAGAAGGGCUGUGGGUGAACAGGGACUGUGAGGAGAAACUCAACUUCAUCUGCUCCUAAUAUGUCUGAGGAAUUAAAAUAGAAUGACAACUGAUGCUCAUACUGACUUGUAAUGCAAAAGUUAACCUAAAUGCAGGAUGAAAAUCCUACUUUACACUAGAUAAUUAUGUAGAAUCAAAUCUGAACUGUCAUGUUUUUUCAAUAUAUGUAUUUCUGCUGUGACGUAAUAAUCCUUUCUUUGCUUGUACGACGAUUUAAACUCUUUGAAGACCCUGAUAACUGCUAA